ACCCGAGCGGAGCCGAAAAAAGCCGAAGGGGGAAACCGAGCCCGAACGGAGCCGAACCCGAACGGAGCCGAACCCGAACGGAGCCGAAAAGAGCCGAAGCGGAGCCGAACCCGAACGGAGCCGAACCCUAAAGCGGAGCCGAACCCAUCCGGAGCCCAACCGGGACCGAAGCGGAGCCGAAGCGGAGCGGGGAGGGGGGGGCGCGGGGCCCCCCGGAGGCCGCGGGAGCGAUGCUGCGGCCCGGCCCGCUCCACGCCGGGCCCUGAGGGCCAACGAUGCCCUUUCACCAUGGCCUCAUCCACGCCCCUUAGGAUGCGGCCGCCGUCGCCUCCUCCUCCUCCGCCAUUCCUUCUCCUUCUCCUUCUCCUCCUUCUCCUCCUCCUCUUGGUAUCCCCAUCUUUCCCGGCUUCCGCUCCCACCUCCUGCCCGGCCGCCUGUUCCUGCAGCAACCAAGCCAGCCGCGUCAUCUGCACCCGCCGCGACCUCCUGGAAGUCCCCGGAAGCAUUUCCGUCAACACCCGAUACCUCAACCUCCAAGAGAACCACAUCCAAAUCAUCCGUACGGAUACCUUCAAACACCUUCGCCACUUGGAAAUCCUUCAACUCAGCCGGAAUUUAGUCCGCAAAGUCGAAGUCGGAGCGUUUAACGGUCUCCCCAACCUCAACACGUUGGAGCUCUUCGACAACCGUUUGACCACCGUUCCCACCCAAGCGUUCGAGUACCUCUCCAAACUCCGCGAGCUUUGGUUACGGAAUAACCCCAUCGAGAGUAUCCCUUCGUACGCCUUCAACCGCGUCCCUUCUUUACGCCGCCUCGACCUCGGCGAACUCAAACGCUUGGAAUACAUCUCCGAAGCCGCUUUCGAAGGGUUGGUCAACCUCCGCUACUUAAAUUUAGGGAUGUGUAACCUCAAGGAGAUCCCAAAUUUAACCGCUUUGGUCCGAUUGGAAGAAUUGGAACUUUCCGGUAACCGUUUAGGUCGCGUCCGACCGGGAUCUUUCCAAGGCCUCGGGAGUUUGAGGAAGCUAUGGUUGAUGCACGCACGCGUGGCGGCGGUGGAACGCAACGCAUUCGAUGACCUCAAAGCUUUGGAAGAGCUCAAUUUGGCCCAUAACGAAUUGGCGUCGUUACCGCACGACCUUUUCGCACCGUUGCACCGUUUGGAACGCGUUCACCUCCACCAUAACCCUUGGCGGUGCGAUUGCGACGUCCUUUGGUUGAGUUGGUGGUUGAGGGAGACCGUUCCCAGUAACACCAGUUGUUGCGCCCGGUGUCACGCGCCGCCGCCGUUACGCGGGCGCUAUUUAGGCGAGUUGGAACCGGGGCACUUCACCUGUUACGCUCCGGUUAUCGUCGAACCGCCCGCCGACCUUAACGUCACCGAAGGAAUGGCGGCCGAGCUCAAAUGCCGUACCGGAACCGCUAUGACGUCGGUGAAUUGGUUGACGCCCAACGGGACGUUAAUGACUCACGGUUCGUACCGCGUCCGUAUUUCCGUCUUACACGACGGAACGCUCAAUUUCACCAACGUCACCGUGCAAGACACGGGGCAAUAUACCUGUAUGGUGACCAACGCCGCCGGUAACACCACGGCGUCGGCAACGCUGAACGUUUCGGCCGCCGACGCCGCCGCUGCCGCCGCCGCCGCCGCUACGGGAUACACCUAUUUCACCACCGUCACCGUGGAAACCACCGACGCCGGCGGCGAAGAACCAUCCCCGCAAACAUCAUCGGCGCCCACCGCCGGGUGGGAUACAUCCGGCGUUUCGACGGCGUCUCCGUCCACGCGAGCGACGGGGAAACCCUUUACGGUGGCCAUAACGGCGGUGGCGUCAUCCGGCGGCGCCGGCGGUGGUCUCCAAGAUUUGGAUGACGUCUUGAAGACCACCAAAAUCAUCAUCGGGUGCUUCGUGGCCAUCACCUUCAUGGCCGCCGUUAUGUUGGUGGCGUUCUAUAAGUUACGGAAGCAACACCAACGCCAUAAGCAUCACCGCGGCGGCGGCGGCGGUGCCGCGCGCGCCGUGGAGAUCGUGAACGUGGAGGAUGAGUUGUCCGCCGCCACCGCCGCCGGUGGUGGUGGUUGUGGUGGUGAUAACCGUUUGGCGUUACCGGCGUUGGAGAGGGAUCACCUGGAGCGUUACGCGGCGUUGGCGGCGCAUUACGGUAACACCGCGACGGCGGCGGCGUUGGGGAAAACGCCGCUGCUCAACUCCGUGCACGAACCGCUGCUCUUCAAGAGCCCUUCCAAGGAGAACGUUCAGGAGACGCAGAUCUGAGCGCGGCGGCGGCGGAAAAAAA